AUGGUCCCAGCAGAUUUGCUCCAGACCUCGCAAGAACAACGGGUCCAACUAGCCGCCGCCACCGAUAGGAUGUAUCAAACCGGCGACAGGAUACGAGAAGGCAAGAAGGUGCUGGUGGAGACCGAAGAACUCGGCGUCUCGAUCCUCCAGGACCUCCACCGGCAGCGGGAAGUUCUCCAGCACUCGAAGAACACCUUGCAUGGAGUGGACGACAACAUCGCCCGGGGCAAAGUCAUCAUCCACAACAUCAGCCGGAGGAUCACCAGGAACAAGUACAUUAUGGCAGGUCUGAUCAUCUUCCUCUUGCUUGCCAUCCUCGUCAUUGCCACGGGCAAGAGGCACCAAGGUUGACACCCACAGCUAACUUGGUUUU